AUGUUUGAUGAAGAAUUUACAGUUGUACCACUCGUGUUAUCUCUACGACAACUUACUGAACGUCAUCUCGCCGUCAAUAUUCAAUCGUUUCUUAUGUUUGAACUUGAUGAAAAAUUUCAAAUUAGGCCUGAACAACGAGCUGGAAUAACAACCGAUUGUGCAAGUGAAAUGGUUGCAGCAACAUCACAUGGUUUAUUCGGUCCAAGACACGCUUGUAUAGCACAUGUGUGGAACAAUGUUGUCAUAAAUGGUCUUUCCUUAUGGUCACCACCAAAUGUUGAAAAAUUUCCAAUUGAUGAAGCGUCCAUCAUCAACAAUGAAUCGAUUCAUAGUAUUGGUGGUGACGAAGAUGAUUUAUUGGACGACGAAGAUCAAUAUGCACAACAAUUGAACGAUGAAGAACCACAAGAAAAUAUUCAUUUGGCUUCAUCUCAACAUGAUCAAAUUCAACCAACCGGAUCCACAGUUGUGGUGCUCAACAAGAAAAUAAGUCGACCAUUUCAAGAUGAAUUCUUAAGUGAAGAUGAUGAACCAGUUAUGAUUCAACCAGAAACUCGACUAAUUACUCUUGUUGGUCUUCUUGAACGUGUUUUCAAUCUUCUUAGCCGAUGCCGUCAACUGAUACAAGACAUGCGUAAUAUUGGUGUUGUUCAAACAUACAUAUCGAUGGAAAUUGGGAACGGACGUGGUUUUACAGUUGAUAUGGUCAUUCGGUGGAAUACCACAUUUCAAAUGCUUGACCGUCUACUUGAACAUCAAACAAUCAUCGACAACGUUGUUCGACGAAAAUUCAAUGGUCUCACUCUCGUUCAAACGAAUCGACUUAAAUUAGCUGCACUUACUCCAGAUGAUUGGGAUGUACUCCGUGCACUCCAUCACGUCUUGACCGGAUUCGAUUCUGCAACAACAAUCGUUUCAGCUAGUCAUUAUCCUACUCUAUCUGAUUCAUUUUGGGCAAUAGCCAAGCUUCGUCAAAUUUUAAUUUCGAAAACAGAUCCUUCUCGUUACAUUGAAAUUUUGAAAAAAACUGCAUUGAAUUAUCUCGAUGCAUACAUACAAAAACAUUUAUCAAAAGAACAACAAGAAGGAAUGCUCAUUGCAGCAUUUCUUGAUCCAGAAACACACAACGAUAUGAACAAAAAUGAUUUUGCUAAAGCAAUGGAAAUCGUCAAGCAAAAGAUCGGUAAAAUAUCGACAACUACAUCAACAACAGCAAGUACUGUAUCUCGUUCAUCACCAGCAUCUUAUUCAGUUCUCUCAAAAAAAGAUACUGCCAAACAGUUGAUGAAUCGAUUAGCUGGAAUUAAUACGAACCAAACGAAUGUUAGAUCAAUGAGUGCUGAUGUUGAAAUUUCUUUAUUCUCAAAUGCAAUCAAAACAAAACAAACUUUCAAGGAAUUUUGGUCUACAAAUGGUCAUUCAUUUCCACGUCUUGCAGCAUUGGUUCAUCGGUAUUGUAUUGUACCUGCUACAUCAGUUGCUAGCGAAUCGGCUUCUUCGAUCUCCGGAUUCAUUGCACGAAAACAACGUUCAUCAUUAUCAUCUCGUACUUUACGUCAACUUCUAGUCCUCAAGUACCGAAAAAAUUUACUCAAAUUUCAAUCCACAGAUCAACCGUCUUUAUUUCAAAAUCGUCAAUUUCAAUCGUUGUCUCUUGAUGCUGCUGGAUCAUCUUCUGUGUAG